GCGGUUCCCGAAGGGCGGGAAGCGUGAGCCGCGUGCGUGCGUACUGGGCAUCGAUCGGGACAACCCUCGCCCUCGCCGCUCCCUGCACAGGCAUACUCAUUUGGGCAAAAUAUCAUUCCGUCAUUGCAUUUAGUAUCCUCCGUUCAUUUUAUUUUGUUGCAGUAGUUCUUUUGUGAUAUAGUGCAUGUUUUAGCGUUUAGUAGCAUCUCAUAGUUGUGAAAAUGGGUGGUUGUGCUACAAAAGAAAACAAGGAAAACAAACCGGCUGAAGAAGCCGACGGAAAAGUCGCAGCAAUGGUGGACGCCGCAACCAUCGAGAAAUUGGAAGCUGGAUUCAGCAAGCUUCAGGCCUCUGACUCAAAGUCACUGCUGAAGAAAUACCUUACCAAGGAAGUAUUCGAUGCUCUAAAGAACAAGAAAACUUCCUUCGGCUCAACACUUUUGGAUUGUAUUCAGUCUGGUGUUGAGAACUUGGACUCUGGUGUUGGAAUCUAUGCGCCUGAUGCUGAAGCUUACUCAGUGUUCUCUGACCUCUUUGACCCCAUCAUUGAGGACUACCACAAUGGCUUCAAGAAAACCGACAAGCACCCCCCUAAGAACUGGGGUGAUGUAGAAACCCUUGGAAACCUUGACCCUGAAAAUGAGUUCAUUGUAUCAACCCGUGUCCGCUGUGGCCGUUCCUUGGAAGGCUACCCCUUCAACCCUUGCUUAACCGAGGCCCAAUACAAGGAAAUGGAAGAGAAAGUCUCGUCUACCCUCUCCGGCCUCGAAGGUGAACUCAAGGGUACAUUCUUCCCUCUCACUGGCAUGUCCAAGGAAACCCAGCAACAGCUCAUCGAUGACCAUUUCCUCUUCAAGGAGGGUGACCGUUUCCUCCAGGCUGCCAACGCUUGCCGAUUCUGGCCCUCCGGCCGUGGAAUCUACCACAAUGAGAACAAGACUUUCCUGGUCUGGUGCAACGAGGAGGACCACCUUCGUAUCAUUUCCAUGCAGAUGGGCGGUGACCUGAAGCAAGUAUACAAAAGGCUAGUGACCGCAGUCAACGAUGUUGAGAAGAGGAUUCCGUUCUCGCACCACGAUCGCCUCGGUUUCCUGACUUUCUGCCCCACCAACCUGGGUACGACCGUGCGCGCGUCCGUGCACAUCAAGCUGCCCAAGCUGGCCGCUGACAAGGCAAAGUUGGAGGAGGUCGCGUCCAAAUACCACUUGCAGGUCCGCGGCACACGAGGUGAGCACACCGAAGCAGAGGGCGGAGUAUACGACAUCUCCAACAAGAGGCGCAUGGGACUCACCGAGUACGACGCUGUCAAAGAGAUGUACGACGGCAUCGCUGAACUGAUCAAAAUCGAGAAGUCCCUGUAAGCGUUUGAUCUCGUACAAUCAGUAUUUUUUUUGUAUUAUUUAUCGGUUUCACGUAAGUAUUGGAUGUUGGCUGGGCUGCUCGGCGAACUAGUCAUCGGCGCUACAUUCGGGCGUUCGGGCACGCGGGCGGCCCUAUAUACUGUUUUUCGUAAAAAUAUUUUCUAUAAGGAAGUGGAAAAUAAAGACAGCUAGCGUUAAGACCACAAA